CGCGCCGGCUGUGCUGAAAGAGAUCGUACAUGUAAAUCGGAACCUUUUAUUGAAGAUGUUAUCGUUUAUACUCGUAUCUUUUGUUGUUGAGGUCACCAGCCGCCGCUCAUGCCAGCAGACCUGCUUCAUAGAGAAAGUUCCUCCGUUAAACCGUGUUUGUAUGCCGGAUCAGCAAAGCUCCCUUCUUACAUUUCUGUCACUACUAGUCCUAACGGUAACGUGAGCGGUGCAAGAUUCCCGGGAAGCCGUUUUCUGCCAUCGCGCUUUCCUUUAAAAAAAUGUUGCACUUACCGCAGCUAUUUUAUUGCUCAAGUUUAACAGCAAAAUCGCAUUAUAUGGUCCGAUUUGUUGUUAUUUUAACACUUAACGCCCUCCCUGCUAAUGCGCGUUAGUGUAAUUGAUAAAAACGGAUCUUGAAGGCCUUACGUUGCCGUACUACACUCUAGGCUACAGCUCCCGUAGGUGACAAAAUUGUGUUUCAAGCAUCACUCGCUGCGAAAGUGCGAAGGAAAAAAAAUCGAAGUUCUUUCUUGACAAACCGCGGUGGCAUGGGCAAAGCCAGCCGUAGAUGAUGCAAGCUGAAGCAUGUGUGAGCAGACCCGAGUGCUGCCAGAGUUUGCGGGCUGCCAGGCGAGCAGACGGCGGGCUGACCCGUUGGACAAGAGCAGCAGCCUGUGGUGGCGGCUGACCGGCCCCAGCCGUCACGCAGCUGCACGUCAAGCCAGCACUGCAGAGGGAGUCUACGCAUCUGUCAAACCACUGGCCAAAAGCCUGCCUCAUGUUGACAAGCCGGUGCCUUCGGAGCUGUCUGGUAAGCCUUUGGGCAUCCAGUCUAAUAUGCGGCAGCGACAGCGGGCGUCAAACUCAUCCUUGAACCAUGCAGAAGACCAGUGGCAGUCGCGCAGCCUGAAUGCUUCACCUAGUGAUACUUUGGACUCGCCUGCAGAUGCAGCAACCCCUAUCUCACGCUCGUGCGAGUCUUUGGAUGAGCCCGAGAUUGACUACUCGGACAAUGAGGAGUCCUCCAGCACUGAAGCAGCCAAAGAAACUGCCUUCAAUGAGCCUUCAUCCCAUCGCUUUAGGCGUGACAGGGAGUCACCAAUCUACGCAAACUUUCCACCGCUACCGUGUCCUCCGAGCCCGCCACACCCAUCACCCGAGGAGCAACCACUGCGUUUUUUGAGUGACCACUGGGCUGAAUUUGAUGCUCGUGGUGUUGGCCGAAAGUUCUACUACAACUUUCAUACGGGACAGCGCUCGUGGAAGCCUCCCAGGCGCCGAGGGGAGCUGCCUGCUGCUCAUGAACGAGAUCAUGCCAACCUAGCUCCGCGGUUGGACUCGCCUCAGGUUUCCCAACGCAAGGGCCCACCGCCCCUUCCACCAGCCAAAAAGAAGCCACCCAGCCAAAGCAAUCCACUCUCGUCAAGCCAAGACAGUUUGCUGUCAUCCAGUCGAGACAGCUUGUUGUCCUCUAGUCGGGAGGAGCUCCUGUCCAGCAGCCGAGAUAGCCUUUCACAGUCCUGUGCAACUGACCGUAGCCGUGCUGGUCUAAACCAUCCUGGUUCUUCUUCCCUUCCACGAGAGCACACUAAUGAGGAAUCCGUCCAGCACAAUGGCAACAGCAAGUUUUACUUUGCUCGUGGCAGUCGUCUGGCAACAGCUUACCAGUCUGCUACAGACAGGUGGUACAGCUCAGCGGAGGACCCAAGCCAGGUGACUGGUGACAGGCCCCGUCUGCUUCCAACCAGUUCCAUUGAGGAGGAAACUGACUCCUGCUCCGAGAGUCAGCCACCAUGGGAGCGCAGAGCACUGCCAGCAACAGCCGAGGGCAGCAGCAGCACGCGCGGCGCCCAUUACGCAGCGGUUCCACCAACAUUGACACCGAAGCUGAACCGGUUGAAGCCCACACCUCCACCGGUGCUUCCCUUAUCCUCAUCCCUUUCCGAGGCAAAGCAUGCCAGGGCCAUGAGGACGCGUUCCAUGAUCCUGCCUGAGGACUACCCACUGCACGGUCCAUCCGUGGCAGAAGCCAUAGAGACCUUUGACACAUUAGAGUUGGUAACACGUCAGGGUACGCUGAACAAGACGGAGUUGGUACGAGCAGGCAAGAAGCAGAAGAAAAGCUGGUCACCUGCAUACGUGGUACUCACCAACCGAAACCUGUUCCUUUACAAGGACAUCAAUACGGCGCAGGAGAAACCAGCUGGUAAAAGCGCUGAGCUUCAGAUAAACCUGGCUGGAGCAGUCAUUGACUGGUGCCCCGACAAGUCUAAACGUCGAAAUGUCUUUCAGCUGAGCACUACAGCUGGGCAAAAGGUGCUCCUCCAAGAUGACAAUGUCCAAACAAGCAAAGAAUGGUUUGACACCAUCAGUGCAGCUGUCAAGAGGCUGCCUAACGGCUUGGGCCUCGUUAUGGGCUGGCAACCAGAACAGCCUCCUGCUCCACCUCCCCCUCCCGAGGAAAGUGCACCUCCACCUACGUCCAGCUUUGCAUCUCGGCGUAGCAAGAAGGCUAGCCGAUCCAAGUCCAUUCGUCAGCCAGCCUCUCCACCUGCCCCGACUUGUGAUGCUGCACAGCAGCCACAGUCACAGGCUACUGGUGUGGUGGACACCUGUGGAAGCCAGAGCCCCCAGGAGCGGAAGAACCGCAUUCGAAACAAGCUUCGGCAGUUUUUUGUCCGAAGGCCAACACUAGAAAGCCUUCAGGAGAAAGGCAUCUUUAAGGAUGAGCCUGUGUUUGGUUGCACACUGGCACACUUGUGUGAGAAGGACCGAUCAAGCGUGCCUCGGUUUGUCCAGGAAUGUAUCCUCGAGAUCGAGAGGAGAGACAUGACGGCCGAUGGUCUUUAUCGUGCCAGUGGCAACCUCUCUCAAGUGCAGAAGGUCCGGUGCCAUGUCAAUCAAGAUGAUUACAGCAUCCUAGCACAAGAAGAAGACAUCCAUGUGCUGACAGGGGCACUUAAGAUGUUCUUCCGGCACAUGAAAGAGCCCCUUUUCCCCUACAAUCUGUUCCUCAAGUUCCUCAAGGCAAUUGGUCAACCCACAAGAACGACUAAGAUGGCCAUGUUUCGAGAUCUCCUGUCUGAGCUGCCACGACCAAACUAUGACACACUCAAGUACCUGCUCAGGCAUCUUCUGACGGUGACAGAGUACAGCGACAAAAACCGCAUGCACAUCCAAAACCUGGCCAUCGUGUUUGGGCCAACACUGCUGUCAUCAGGUGAGGAGCCUCGAAACCUGGCUUUGGACAUGAUGCAACAGAACCAGGUCAUCGAGUUCCUCCUGCUCGAGUUCAACUUCCUGUUUCCUUGAACACUGUUCUUGUUCUUCUUCAUACUCCCAAAGAGCAGGGGAAUCGACCCCUGCAGUUUUCAGUUCCUACUGCUACUACUGCUCUUGUGCUGCUGCACUGUGGCCAUGACACGUGGAGCAACCACUAAAGUUCCAGAAUUCCGCUUGCACCGUGCAAGCAAAAGAAGAGUGUUGUGCCCCUGUUGAUACCCUUGUUAAUUCCUGGCCAUUUCUUCCACCUGGAUGGCGUCUCCUGCUUUCUAUCAUUGGGUGCAUGACAACAGAACAGUUCCGUGCUCAUUCAGGACGUCGACCUGCCAAAACACAACUUGAAGAAGUUGCAGACACUGUGCUCAUGCUGUGCCCUAUAAAUGGUGACAUUGCUUCGUGCCUGCCACUAGGUGCCAUGGUCCUGAGUAAUUGCUGCAAGACUGUGUUUUGAUCGCUCCGGAUGCAUGCCCAUCGUCCAUCAGCCGUUAUGGCCAUGGUGCCGCCAUCAUGGUUGGCCUUGCCAUCAAGUUUCACCGUGUUUUCGAAGCCGGUCUAGUUGAUAGCCAUGUUUGAAAUAUUUAAAGGUCAGAGGUUGAAUUCUCUGGGCCUGGUUUUAAGCUAGAAUGGAUUUAUGUUAUCAUUCCAAGUGCCCAAACUCAUCUGUAGUGGAUCACUGAAUAUAUGUUCAAUUAUUAUUACUACUAUUAUUCUUGCUUUUUACCUUGAUGUAGCCGUAGCAGUGCUUGAAUGGAAGUGGCAGCUCCUGCUGCUCAGCUUGAACAGAAUUCAUGGUUCUGCAAACAUUGUCGGAAUACUACAGUGGAUUUGCCCUCAUGAAUAAUACACUGCCGAUGUGAAUGGAAGUCAGGAGAAAGCAAGCCGACAGAAGGGGCUAGUGUGCCUAGAUAAGCUCUUAAUAUGCAAGGUAAAGACAUCUAUUCUGUAAAAGCCCAUAUUCUGUAAAAGCCUAGUUGUGUAAAAUUCCACAAUAUUUAUGCCCUAAUAAUACAAGAAAUAUAUAGGCUGACAUGUGCAGUCAGGUUGAGCCAGUCGUUGCAUUAGCAACUGCAGUUACUGUGUACAGAAACCCAUGUUCAUUUCUCUAGAAAGGCUGGUGGGCUCCUGAUUUUCGCUACAGAUAAUAUGCCGACUGUGGUGAGCAUCUUGUUUGUCAUCAUGAGGCAGCAUAUGUUGCAUUCGAACACAAUCAGUCGGAAGGUUGUUUCUAUCUAUGUCCUUGCCUGCAAAAUGCAUCUUGUACCUGUGGUUUUUGAGCAGCAGUGGGCAUAUUAGGCCGUUGUAGUCAGCUGAGUGCUUAAAAAUGCCAACCUGACCAGGAUUCUGAGUUUCUGUUUCACCUUCCCACACACCUUUGCUUCUUGCUCCAUUGUUGAGAGCUGACUUUCUCUGUGAAGUUUCAGACAGUGCUGCACAAAACAAAGUGUACAAAGGUAAACAUGCCAGAAAGUUGUGUUCGCAGUGUGGUGGCAAUAAGCUUAAGCAAGCCGUGAUGCACUGUACAAAACGGAGUACUCUUUCUCUUUUUCUUUCUCAAAUAUUUUGUUUGUUAUAGAGGUACAAAUGCCACGUGCCCAUAUUGCAGCCUUUGUAAUUUAUUGUUGUUCAGUUGAACACAGGAGUACCAUGAAUAUUGCAAGAUGCUGGUCAGAGUGAAACCAGCUGCAUUGUCUCUGCUAGUUUUCUUACGCAAGGGAAACUGUUCUGUGUAAGUGUGUGGCACCGCAACCAGCAACCUUGGGGGCACUUUUGAGCAUCCAGUAAAAAGAGAUCUGGCAUGUUUUUUAGGCAUUUGUAGUUUAGUUUGGUACUUGUUGCUUCAAGGGAAGGUUGAGAUUGUGCGUAACAUCAUGGUUCAUGAGGCAUGCAAAUGUGGUUGCUAAUUCUGUGAUAUUUUAUGACAGUAUUACAGCCCAUUGAAAAGUUAUAGCAGUGCUGCCUCUUUUGCGUGUGUACAAUUUUGGCUCUAACAAAGACAUGCCAUUGCUUGUGAAUAAAGGAGCACGUAUCAGGUUUAUUUAUUGACAUUCCUCACAG